AUGCACCCCUCGAUUGGGAACAAGCGUUAUCCAAAGGAGCCGCUUCCAUGUGUCCUGGCACCAGAACAUCAAAGCCAGCUUGUCAACAAGACGCAUCUCUCGUCCCAAGGCAUCGCCAGGGUGAACUACGGUGGAAAACCAGAUCGCCACAUUGCCAAGGUCUUGAGAGCCUCUGACACCGAUCUUCAUCGCCCCUCUGAAGUAGCCGGAAUGUGCUGCUGUAGCCAGCGCUUUUUGCUUCAGAUCGGCAAUGUCCCUGUACGGCUCGAAGCCAACUUGCCGAGGCUCAAAAGGAAGCAUUCCAUGAGCACGAGCGUAUUCUUCUUGCGCACCGAUGAACAUCAAGGCGUCAUAAAGUGCCGGUGUGAAAGUCGCGACGAUUUGAACCGAGAGCAGAACGUGUAUGGCGAUCACUCGCAAUUUCGGUGUUAG